AUGCUACCUGUUUCAGAGUUGCUGUUUCUGAUGGUAUUAGGAAUCUCUUUAGGUGAUGAAGACAAAGAUUGCAUUCAAGAACGAAUAUCACUAAUCAACCCUUCUUACGUGGAACAAAAACUUGAUCGUUUCCAGUCCGAAUUACAGGAGCUAAAAUCUAAGCUUGAAAACCGCGUACUGUUUACAAGAUGGGGAAGGAGAGAUUGUCCUCAAGGUAUUUCAAACCUGGUGUACGCUGGCUUCACGGGCGGUUCGCAUUAUACACACAAAGGAGGCGCUGCUGAAUAUGUAUGUCUUCCACCAGAUCCAACAUGGGGCGUUUUUAAAUAUUUAGAACACACUGAUGUUGGUUAUAUGUACGGAGCUGAGUACGAGACUCCGGAGCAGAUGUUCGGAGUAUCGCAUACUAAGGAGGACAUUCCGUGUGCUGUAUGUGAGGGUACGUCCCAUUCGGUGGUCCUCAUGAUUCCUGGAAGGGUCAAUUGUUACCCUAACUGGGUGGAGGCAUACCAUGGGAACUUGGUGUCCGGUUACCAUAAUCACGAAGCUGCCAGUCAAUAUAUAUGUAUGGAUGGAGAUCCACAGACGGUUCCCGGAGGUGGAGCCGUAGACGAUAACGGUAAACUGGUGUAUGGAGUUAAAACAGUGUGCGGAUCUCUGCUAUGUCCGCCAUACGAAAAUGACAAAUUCUUAUCGUGCGUCGUAUGUUUGAAAUGA